AUGGCUUGGGGUGGUGCAGCUCCGACGGUGACAGGGGAGCAUGGCUCGACAGGUGGUCAGGCAGGUGGUCAAGCAGGCGGCGCCGGCCCAGGUCGUGCCUGGAAACCAUCUACGGAAUUCUUCGCCAAGAGACAGAAGGUCAGCGUGGACGCUACAAUCACGGUUGCCGAGGGACUAUGCGGUCUCAUUGCGCUCUUCGUCAUCAUCCACUGGACUCGGUUGAUCGUGGUCAGGAUGCAGCGGUCGAGGGUGUCGCCAGUGCCUCGGCUGCUCACCAAGCCGGUUGUAGCCAUCACGAGACCCAUCAGAAACGUACUUGUCCGCAAAGUUCCGGGUUUCAACUCAGCUGGCCAUGGGCUCCUGGUAGCCGCAUACGUGGGCAUCAACUGCGCAGCCCUCUUCACCAAUGUCGACUGGAGUCCCGGCAGCGUCGCUGCGAGGUUUGGCUGGGUUCUCUCGGCCAAUUAUGCCUUUGUCGUAUUCUUGGCUCUGAAGAACACCCCUUUGGCCUUCCUGACGGCUUACUCCUAUGAGCGCUUGAAUAGCCUUCACCAGAUUGCGGGCGUCGCCACUUUCUUGUUGCUAGUUGUUCAUGGAGUGACCUAUACUGCUUACUUUGGCAGUACCAACAAGUGGCAUGUCAUGCGGGAGGAGACGGUUAUUGCUGGUAUCGUCGCCGGAUUUGCCUUUCUGAGCAUCUUUCUUUCGGCUAUCUGGCUCCGGAGGGUAUGGUACGAGGCCUUCUACAUUGUCCACUGGCUUUCGUUCGUGGGCUCGGUCGUUGCCGUUGCCUUUCAUCGACCAGAAUGGAAGUCCAAGACACCGAUCAUUCUUUGCGUUAUUGGUGGGAUGUGGGCUACCGACCGCCUGAUCCGCCUCACUCGGGUCCUGUUGUACAGCAUCAACAACUACGCCACCCUCACUCCGCUCCCCAACGGCGGCACGCGCAUUGUCUUGACGAAGCCCCCCGCGCUGGCUGUCCCCGGCAAGCACUGUCUCGUCUGGAUCCCGGGUGUCCGUAUGCUUGAGACGCAUCCGUUCACCAUCAUCUCGACGAACCCCCUCGAAUUUGUCGUCAACUCCUACGAUGGCUUCACGCGCGACCUACACGCUCGCGCUGUGGCCCAUCCCGGAGUCAAGCUCCGCGCCUCAGUGGAGGGACCGUAUGGUACCUUCCCCGAUCCGAUGCAGUACGACAAGAUCAUCUUGAUCGCCGGUGGGAGCGGAGCGAGCUACACAUUUGGUCUAGCCGUCAAUCUCCUGCAGAGAAUGAGCCCUUCAGCAACCAAGGAAAUUGUGUUCCUGUGGGCUUUCAAAACCCAUGAGAAUCUCACGUGGUUCUCGGAACAUCUCAACACCUUGCGGACACACGCCCACUCUCCCAAGGUUUCGGUCGCACUCUAUGUAACCCGGGCGCCUGGGUCAUCGAGUUCGGCCGAGAGCCACGGCCCACUUCCACCAAUCCGGCUUCGGACCGUUUCGUCCCAAUCGUCCGAGAUUCUGACCGAGAACUCGCCUUCCGACAUUGAAAAGGCCGUUCUCGAGGCCGCAUCCCACAUCGAUGCGCACGGCACCUCGACGGACCCGGAAAAGGCGGCAGAAGAGCACCACCAUUCACACGCCAGGCACGAGGAGGGCGGAAACCGCCCGCACCGUCCGGGGCUACACCACACCGUCAGCUCCGGUCGGCCCGACAUCUCGACCCUCAUCAGCGCAGCCAUCUCGUCGACAGACAAGAACAGGCGGGUGCUGGUCGCGGCGUGCGGACCCGACAGCCUUUUGCGGGUGGCGCGCAACUCGACCGCCAGCGCCAUCCGGCUAAACGGACCCGGCGUAGAGCUGCACUGCGAGCAGUUCGACCAGGUUGAGGAUCUCAGCAUUUCUUUACCUCACCCUCAUGUGUCUCGAGGAGGCACUUCUCAAAAACUAUUCUGCAACUCAGCAAGUCCCCAACCAGUCCUCCUCCACUCUCAGGCUCCGAACACAAACAAGGCUCUCCCUACCCGCAAGCCCAUCAUGGACUAUCAAGAGUAUAGGAGCAUGAAGAUGUCCUUCUCUCGCAAGAGAGCAAGACUUGAGAUGGAGCGGGACGAGCUGAAAUUCGUCUAUGACCAGCGGAGCAUGCGAUCCCAUUGCGUCAAGAACUGGGAUGGGCGCAUCCAGUCGCACCUCAGCGAAAUCAGACGUAUGGAGUUCCUCCUGUUCAACUCCAGGGAGGAGUGGACUGAGCAUUGCGAGAAGCAACAGGCUCUGAACGAACUGGACCGCCAGCAGCAGGGCGAUGAUGAUGCUUAUGAGGAUGACCAUGAUGGUGCCAAGCUUUUAGCCCCCUUGGGUCAGGAUCUCGACACAGCUGACGAGGGUGUCCACGCCGAUCGUUCUCAAGACAACAAAGAUGGCAGCCCCAUCUUGCCGGACGGACAAGGUGGCGACAUGAACGCCGAAGAGUACAUCGACCUACAAGAUCCGCAUACUGCAGGAGCCAAGCAGCGUCAUGCCGAGGAGGAGAAGAGGGACGAGGGCGAGCUCCCAUCCGGACGCGAGCCGCCGUCUUCGGCCGGUUUCUACUUCGACCCUCCUCUGGGCGCAGGUCAAGACCGCCCUCGCGGCCGUGCUUCCCCGAGGCUGCCUGGCAGGGUUGAGCACGCACGGGAGCCAUCGGUCGCCAGGGGUGGCGACACUCGUGGCGAGAACGACACGGCUGGUUCGGCGCAACAGUCCCUCAUUCCGUACCGACCCCGCUCGGUUUCUCAAGCUCUUGCUCGCCACCACCCGGUGCCCGAGGAAGAUUCGGGUCGAUCGUACGAUGGCAGACCUAGGAUGAUGGCUGAAAACUACUCGGUACGGGAGUAUCAGGCGCUCCCCUCCGGCCGUCCGCGAGAGGUCUAUCGCGAGGAGCCGAGGAUGUACGCGCCCAGGGGAGGAUUUGUCUCCCAUGAUGAAGCGCCACGAUACUACGCAGUGGACCGCGUCACCGCCGCCCAGAGGGAGUAUGCUCUGCCCGAGUCGACUCACCGCCCUGCGCACUUCGUCCCAGGGAGGACUGGAUUCGUCCAUCACCAGUCCUCCAGUAGCUACUCGCGACACGAGCUGCACUACCAGGGCUACCGCGACGACGAGCGCACUCGCGCACCGCGGCCUCCUCCGCCGGGCCGCGUGGUUUCUCCGGCUUACACCGAGUCGACCUCCUCGAGGCCAAAGUCGCAGAGGGAGGAACGGUAUGGCAGUGACGACGAUCCCAUUCACUUGGAGACCAGGGCCAAGAAGAGGCGCAUCUCUCUUCUGGAGUGA